UCAAUUAAGUCGAUUUAUGAAAAAGAAAGUUAUUGCGCAGAGCAACAGCUGAAUAUGUCUCACUUUCAAACUAUUUCCAACUCUGUUCACAAAGCUUUGGAUCAAUGGAGUGGCGCCGCGGCCAGCCUCAUAAAUGCUAAAAGCCUUAUACGAAAAGAAGAUCGAGUAACCGAUCCUACCAAGGGACCCAGUUGGCAGGCCUCGGAAACCGCGCCUGAGGUAAGCUACGUGGACCAUAAAGAUAAAACCCUGCGAGAACGUGCUGUUCUUCAAAAUGAGGCCAAGACUCCUGCCAGGGUGGAGGCCUGCGGGACGGUUCUGAAGCAGAUUACCUCUGACCUUGAAACCGAUCUGGCCUAUCAGCUACAACGUUCUCUCCCGGAGAAAUUUGCGGAGCUAAAGGCAAUCACAGAGACAAACUUCCAGCUGGAUGCGGACCUGAUCAGCGCGGAGGCAGAAUUGAGGUCGGUGAGAGAGGAGAGUGCUUUAUGUUCAGCUGAACUCUUGCGGGUAGAGCAGGAGCUUGGCGCAGUUCUUGAUACAACGGAGCGCAUAAGUGUGCUGGCUUUAGCAUUUUAG